GGGGCCGCUAGUGUGACGUGUCCAGUGCUUGGCGCAGCAGGAAGUCGGGCGAUCGGGGCCUCAGCUGCCGGCGCCGGCCGGGCUCCAUUCCCGCUGCCGCCAUGCUCGACUUCUUCACCAUUUUCUCGAAGGGCGGGCUCGUGCUCUGGUGCUUCCAGGGCGUGAGCGACUCCUGCACCGGGCCCGUUAACGCGUUGAUUCGUUCUGUGCUGCUGCAGGAAAGGGGAGGCAACAAUUCCUUCACCCAUGAAGCGCUCACACUCAAGUAUAAACUGGACAACCAGUUUGAGCUGGUGUUUGUGGUUGGUUUUCAGAAGAUCCUAACGCUGACAUACGUAGACAAGUUGAUAGAUGAUGUGCACCGGCUGUUUCGGGACAAGUACCGCACAGAGAUUCAACAGCAAAGUGCUUUGAGUCUAUUAAAUGGCACUUUCGAUUUCCAAAAUGACUUUCUGCAGCUCCUUCGUGAAGCAGAGGAGAGCAGUAAGGUCCGGGUUCCAACUACCAUGAAGAAAUAUGAAGAUUCUGAAAAGGCCAAAAAACCUGUAAGAUCCAUGAUUGAGACUCGAGGUGAAAAGCCCAAGGAGAAAGCAAAGAAUAAAAAAAACAAGGGGGCCAAGAAGGAAGGUUUUGAUGUCCCUUUGGCUACCAGCAAAACAGCCUCUGCAGAGAAGUCAGUAGGGGCUGAGAAUGGGGUAGAACUUUCCAAAGAAGAGCUGAUACGGAGGAAGCGAGAGGAGUUCAUACAGAAACAUGGGAAGGGUAUGGAGAAGUCCAGCAAGUCUACAAAGUCAGAUGCUCCAAAGGAGAAGGGCAAGAAAGCACCUCGGGUGUGGGCGCUGGGUGGCUGUGCCAACAAGGAAGACCUGGAUUAUAGUGCUCCUACCACCAACGGAGCCCCAGAGGUUGUCCCGCCUGAGGACAUCAAUUUGAUUCGAGGGACUGGGCCUGGGGGGCAGCUUCAGGAUCUGGACUGCAGCAGCUCAGAUGAUGAGGGGGCCACUCCAAACCCUACCAAACCUAGUGCUACCAAGGGGACUCUGGGUGGCAUGUUUGGGAUGCUGAAAGGCCUUGUGGGCUCCAAGAGUUUGAGUCGUGAAGACAUGGAGUCUGUGCUGGACAAGAUGCGUGAUCAUCUCAUCAUGAAGAACGUAGCAGCAGACAUUGCAGUCCAGCUCUGUGAGUCCGUGGCCAACAAGCUGGAAGGGAAGGUGAUGGGGACGUUCAGCACGGUGACUUCCACAGUGAAGCAGGCCCUCCAAGAGUCCCUUGUGCAGAUUCUGCAACCACAGCGCCGUGUCGACAUGCUCCGGGAUAUCAUGGAUGCCCAGCGUCAUCAGCGCCCUUACGUUGUCACCUUCUGUGGCGUUAAUGGAGUGGGGAAGUCUACGAACCUUGCCAAGAUUUCUUUCUGGCUGUUGGAGAAUGGCUUCAGUGUCCUCAUUGCUGCCUGUGACACAUUUCGUGCUGGGGCUGUGGAGCAGCUGCGCACACACACCCGACGUUUGAGUGCCCUGCACCCCCCCGAGAGUCACGGUGGUCGCACCAUGGUGCACUUGUUCGAGAAGGGCUAUGGCAAGGAUGCCGCUGGCAUCGCCAUGGAAGCUAUUGCCUUUGCACGUAAUCAAGGCUUUGAUGUGGUGCUGGUGGACACAGCCGGUCGCAUGCAAGACAAUGCUCCUCUGAUGGCUGCCCUGGCCAAGCUCAUUACUGUCAACACGCCUGACUUGGUGCUGUUUGUGGGAGAGGCCUUAGUAGGCAACGAGGCUGUGGAUCAGCUGGUCAAGUUCAACAGAGCCUUGGCUGACCAUUCCAUGGCUCAAACACCUCGGCUCAUUGAUGGCAUUGUCCUUACCAAAUUUGAUACCAUUGAUGACAAGGUGGGAGCUGCUAUUUCUAUGACCUACAUCACAAGCAAACCCAUCGUGUUUGUGGGCACUGGCCAGACUUACUGUGACCUACGUAGUCUCAACGCCAAGGCUGUGGUGGCUGCUCUCAUGAAGGCGUGACGUGCUCUUGCCCAAUACCAAAUCACCGCUUUCCCCCCAAAGUCCCUGUUCCUGUAUCAAGAACGUGCUUUAGAGUGUGAGCAACUUGUCUCCAGUGUAGUGCGAAGGCAGAGUUCGGGGAGCUCCCGGACUAUGCAGCUCCUCCUUGCCCCACCCCUAUCCAGUCUGGCCUCUGUCUGCAGAGGGCCCAAUCAUGUUAACAAUCACUGCUCACCCCCCACCUCACGUGGCUCCACCCUCCCUCCCACGGCAUCCCCGUCACUCUGCCUGCAGGACUCGGUCUCAUUACAGCCUUGACCAGUAGUCCAAAGAUCCAGCAUCAGAACUUCGCUAAUUAGUGUGGGCAUAGGGACAUCUGAGCAUAGCAAGCAUACUGUGGCAAUGUAUGGCCUGAUCUCAAUUGCUGCUAAAAAUUCUGAUGACCUCAUCCUCAUCGUUUCUGCAAAGCAUCAGCUAGGCCAGAAAGAUCUGUUACAAUGAGAAAAAAAAGGAGUCCCCUCUUCCCUCAGAGAAGGGGAGCGGAGCUGAGGUGUUGCAUUGGGCUUCUCAGCCCUCAUGCUCUUCACCACGCCCAGAACCCGAAUGUAAGCUUUGCAUGUUCCCCUUCUGGGAGAAAAGCACCUGUCAGAUGGUAAUCAAGUUGUUCCCUCCCAAUUCUUUACCCGAGGGACCCUGGCUUUGCAGCCCCCUCCCCACAGUGCCUGGCAGACCAGUGCUACACUGAAGAGUACAAACCUCUUGAGACCUGUCCUGUAGCUUGGUAUUACAGAUGUGCUAUUAGUGCAAUAAGGGGAAGGCUAUCUGCCCAGAGAAAAGCAUAAUUUAUAUAUCAGAAAAUAAAUUUCAUAAAUAAAUUG